AUGUCGUCAACUGCCAUCCCUCGCCGCGAGGCAUUGCACCGCCAGGUCACCGCCAACUCCUCGGUCACCAGUUCCGUUACCGUCUCACCGCUGGAAAGCCCCCGACAAUCUCCGUCCACCACGUCCCUCUCCUCCUUGGCGUCCGAAGCCGCGGCCAACAGCUAUGGUAAGCUGCUGGAUGCCUACGGCAACGAGUUCGAGAUCCCAGAUUUCACCAUCAAGCAGAUUCGCGAUGCCAUCCCCGCUCAUUGCUUUGAGCGCAGUGCCGCCAAAAGCCUGGGGUACGUCUUCAGGGAUAUUUUGACUCUUGGCACGACAUUUUAUAUCUUCUACAAUUAUGUCACUCCUGAGACUGUCCCGUUCACCCCCGCUCGGGUUGCCUUGUGGACGCUGUAUACCGUUAUUCAGGGCCUCGUAGGAACAGGUGUCUGGGUGCUCGCACACGAAUGUGGCCACCAGUCUUUUUCCGAUUCCAAGGUGCUUAAUGAUACUGUCGGCUGGAUUCUUCACUCCUCGUUACUUGUGCCUUACUUCUCGUGGAAAAUUUCCCACGGAAAGCACCACAAGGCGACCGGAAAUCUUGAGCGUGACAUGGUCUUCGUUCCACGGACCAGACAUGAAUACGCCUCGCGCAUGGGAUACUAUCUUCACGAGUUAAAUGAGCUCAUGGAAGAGACUCCUCUUCGGGCCGCAUGGGGUCUUCUGCUCCAGCAAUUGUUUGGUUGGCCGAUGUACCUCAUCUCCAACGUCACCGGUCAUAAUAACCAUGAGGGCCAACGCGAAGGUCGAGGCAAGGGCAAGAAGAACGGCUGGUUCACUGGUGUCAACCACUUCAAUCCAUCAAGCCCAUUGUAUGAAGCUAAAGAUGCAAAACUCAUUGUCCUCAGCGACAUUGGGCUGAUAAUUGUUGGCUCCGUUUUGUACACGCUCGGCAACAAAUUCGGCUGGUUGAAUAUGUUGGUGUGGUACUUCAUCCCCUACUUGUGGGUCAAUCACUGGCUUGUUGCCAUCACUUAUUUGCAACAUACCGAUCCCAGCUUGCCCCAUUACGAAGCUUCAGUUUGGAAUUUUGCUCGAGGUGCAGCGGCAACUAUUGAUCGUGAAUUUGGCUUCAUUGGCCGUCAGAUCUUCCAUGGCAUCAUUGAAACCCACGUCCUACACCACUACGUUAGCACUAUUCCAUUCUAUAACGCAGACGAGGCUACCGAGGCCAUUAAGACGGUAAUGGGAAGACACUACCGCUCAAACACUGAGGAAGGGAGCAUCGGCUUCCUCAAGGCUCUAUGGCGCAGCAUUCGAAUGUGUCAAUGGGUCGAGCCGUCUGAGGGGGCCAAGGGUGAGGGCAAGGGUGUCCUAUUCUUCCGAAAUCGCAAUGGUAUCGGUCCUAAGCCUCUUCAGUUUGAAGCUCCGAAGGAAAGUGUCAAAUAA